AUGCCUAUGCCCGUGCCAAUCCAUUUGGCUUCAAGCACACAACAAAACCUCCAACCUCAUCUCCUAUCCAACAUGGGACAUGAAACCAUCACAGCCAUGACACCCGACGACCAAGCCCGAGAACAAGAACUAAACAUCUCCCUCUUCGAAUCCCUCACCUGCCAAUCCUGCGCCAUGAAGAUACCCCGAACAACCUACCACCGCCAUCUCGAAUCCCAGAUCUACGUGGCGACACGGGAUCCCCCGUUCCGAUUAUCCCGCGCAGAGCUGAACGGAUUACGUGCGUUUGGACUGUCGCCGUCGAACACGACACCACCCGGCGCAGAGGAUACGCAUGAGAUCGACACCGAGAAUCAGAUCUCACCACACACUCUAGCACCAGAAGAUAUCUGCGACGACGAUGAUGACGACGACGAUACCACACCAAUAGCACCGCAUGCGACACCGUCCCCGCGUCGCAGACCAGGAUAUCGGGCGCUAAUGACGGCGGCGCAGCGCGCGGCAUACGAAGACCAAGUAAAGCGAUACGUGGACGAGCUACCAGGGAGAGAUGUCGCGAUGGCGCGAUAUCACGUCGACUAUCAUGUUCAUUUGCAUUGGUUGAGUCGGCGGGGCGCGUUGACGCUGUGUCGUGAUGUGAAGGAGAUGCAUGAGUUGAGGAAGUGGAGGUGGAAGAUGGCGCAGAUGGAUGUGCAGGCUGCCUCCUCGCAAGGGGAGGAGGGGAGUGCAUGUUCUGGGGACGACGGGGACGAGGAUGGAGGGGAUAGAAAGAGGAAGCGGAAUGGUGUCACGGUGAGACGGUGGGGGUGGCCUGGGGAUAGCAAUCUGUUCAUGAUGUAUCAGACGGCAUUGUGGCGACAGAAGUGGUGGGUGAGACAGAAACAUCUCGAUGAGGUGCGCGUCAAGUGGGCGGCCAUUAUGGCGGAGCGACACAGGCAGCGGAAAUGCGUCAAGGUGAAGCUAUUCUGGGGGAAUGGCUACAAGAAUUUGCUGCGGGAGAUAGAGCUGGAAGAGCCAUGGCUUGGGGAACACAUCGUCAGAUAG